UGCAGCGCAAGAAGUUCCGACCUCUGUUUACACCUAAAGCAUUCCGAUAAUUUCCUCUCCAGACGCUGCUUUUCGAUCCAAACUCUAAGCUCAAGCUUUUUCCGUUCUGCAGGUUGCAGGCAUGUUUCCCUCUCGGGGAAGCAAUACAUAUGGACAGCAACCAUAUGCUGCACAAUCUGGAUAUGGACAAAAUCUGGGAUCUGCUUAUUCUGGAAGUUCCAUUGGAGGACCUGAUGGGGGUACUCAACUUUCCGUGGCUUCUCGGCAUUCGUCAAUGUUAGGUGGUUCUCAAGAAGCCGAAAUUGGUGGAUAUAGAGCUCAUCCCUCAGCUGCUGGUCAUUAUGGGGGACAAUAUAGUUCUUUGUAUAGCUCUGCUUUGAGCAGUUCUCAACAGGUUCCAGCAAGUGCCAAAGGAGUAGGACCAUCAACUUUGGAAUCUCGCAGUGGCUAUGCAUCAGCUAUGCCUGAGUCACCUAAGUUUACUUCAAGCGACUUUGUCUCAUCAUCAACACAUGGAUAUGGUCAAAAAGGCGAUCAGUUUUUUUCAGAGAAGCUUUCUGAUUAUCCAUCUAUGGAGAGGCGGCAAUAUGGUGAGCGACAGAGUGCCUAUGUAGGAGGGAGGGAAUUGCAGAGUGAAUCAAGUGGACGCUAUGCUGAUCCUGUUGGGUUUAGUCAUCAACACCAGCCUGAGAUUUAUGAUCGUGUUGAUCAGGCAUCACUUCUUCGACAAGAACAAAUGCUUAAAGCUCAAUCACUGCAAUCUACUUCUCUUGAUGGGGGUGCCAGACAAACUGAUUAUCUUGCAGCAAGGAGUGCAACUAUUCGUCAUUCAACCCAAGAUCUUAUGCCAUAUAGUGGAAGAUUGGAUGGUGAUCCUCGCAAUCUAUCGAUGCUUAGUGGUUCUUCAUAUGGUGCACAACAUGCACCCUCUAUUUUGGGGGCUGCUCCACGAAGAAAUGUGGACGAUCUCAUGUAUGCUCAAAGUUCUUCAAAUCCAGGUUAUGGAGUGAGCCUUCCUCCAGGUAGGGACUAUGCCACAGGAAAGGGACUUCAUGGCACAUCUCUUGAGCCUGAUUUUCUAUCACGUGGUGGUCAUACAAGGAUCAAUGAGCGUAAAGAUGACAGGAGUGCAUAUGUUCGAGAGCUUGAGCUAAGGGAGGAGGAACGACGUAGAGAGCAUUUUCGUGAGAGAGAGAAAGACAGAGAAAGGGAAAAAGAACGAGAACGUGAACGAGAAAGGGAAAGAGAAAGAGAAAGGGAAAGGGAAAAGGAAAGGGAAAGAGAACGUGAAAGGAAACGCAUUUUCGAACGGCGGGAAAAGGAGAGAGAACGAGAGCGCAAACGUGCAGCUGAAGUUAAGCGUGAACGAACUCCACUAAGGAUCUCUAAGGACCGCCGUGGAUCCUCUUUGGUGAAGGAUGAAAGAUCAAUACGACGAGAAUCUCCACGUCAUGAAGCAUUGCAUAGGCGUCAUACACCUGUUAAAGAAAAACGGAGAGAAUAUGCCUGCAAGGUUUACUCAUCCAGUUUGGUAGAUAUUGAGAGGGACUAUUUGUCCGUGGAUAAGCGUUAUCCCAAACUUUUCAUAUCUCCAGAGUUCUCUAAGGUUGUUGUGAACUGGCCCAAGGGAAACCUUAAACUUUCUUUCAAUACUCCUGUCAGUUUUGAGCAUGAUUUUGUUGAAGAAGAGAGUUUCCCUGAACAGAAAGAGGUAUCUACCAAGCAGUUGGCUGAAGAACCUGUAGAAUCAAAACAAGGAAGUACAGUGUGGAAUGCAAAGAUGAUCUUGAUGAGUGGACUCAGCAGGAAUGCUCUGGAGGAUCUGUCAUCUGAAAAAAGCCAUGAUGACCGCAUACCUCAUAUUUGCAAUAUCCUUAGGUUUGCUGUUCUUAAAAAGGACCGUUCAUUUAUGGCAAUUGGAGGCCCAUGGGAUGUUGCUGAUGGAGGAGAUCCUUCAGUUGAUGACGACUCAUUGGUUCAAACAAUUCUUAGAUAUGCAAAGGAUGUGACUCAACUUGAUUUGGAGAACUGCCAGAAUUGGAACCGUUUCCUUGAGAUACACUAUGAUAGAAUUGGCGAGGAUGGAUUCUUUAGCCAUAAAGAGGUCACUGUACUGUUUGUUCCUGAUUUAUCAGGGUGUCUCCCUUCAUUAGAUACAUGGCGAGACCAAUGGCUUGCACACAAGAAGGCUGUUGCUGAGAGAACGUGCCAACUUUCUUUGAAAAGAGAGAAAUCUAAAGAGAAGAAGGAAGGGCUGAAAGAUAAGGAAAUUGAUUCUACAAAAGCAGUUAAACAAGUAGACAAAUCAGCAAAAACAAAAGAUUCUGCAUCCUCUGGACAGGCAGAUGUUAACAAAAAAGAGAAAAAUGGGAGUCAACCAAAAGGUGAUGAAGCUGAUAAAGAAGGCAAUGGAAAUAGUGAUACAAAUGUUGUGAAAAAAGAUGUGGUUGAAAUGAGUCAGGAUGGCAAAAAUAUAGAGAAAAAGGAAUCAGGAGGAACUGCUGGUUCUCAGACAUCAGGCAAUGCAAAAUCUGGGAAGAAGAAAAUUGUAAAAAAGGUUGUAAAACAGAAGGUUGCUGAUAAGAAAGCUGGUACAGAGAACACAGAAAAUGAAGAAAAUGAUAAGCUGGAUGACAAGGAUGUAGGGGAGAAGAAUGCAAAAUUGGAAACCAAAAGCCAACAGCAGGAACCUUCUGCUGAUCCCAGUGUCAAAACUUUUAUAAGGAAAAAAGUUGGGAAAAAGGUCACGGAGGGCAAAACCACCCAGGAUGAAAGCGUGCAACCUGAGGUAAAAAUUGAGAAUGAGGCACAAUGUUCUGAAGAUAAAAGUGAGAUUAAGUCAGAUCCAAGCAUUGCUGCUUCAGUGCAAGGGACUGGUGUGAAAACAACUAUAAAGAAGAAAAUCAUCAAGAGAAUACCCAAAAGAAAGGUCACUGGUGGAGUAGGGACCAAUAUUGCGUCUGCUGAAAGCAAAAAAGAUGAUGAUAAUGAUGAGAAAAAGGUAGUUCAACAAGGGACUGAAACCAAAGAUGUGUCAGAGCAAACAGUAGAAGCAGGCAACCCAGUUUGUGAGCCUAAGAUAUUAGAGAAGAAAAUGACACCUAAAACAAAGUCAAAAACAGCAACCUUCAGCAAGCAAGAUGAGAAAACUGGCUCUGGGACUAAAGUUGAAAUUAAGUCAAAAACAGCAACCUUCAGCAAGCAAGAUGAGAAAAUUGGCUCUGGAACCAAAGUUGAAAUUGAGGCUGAGAAGCAAAAAGUUCCUCAGAAGGAUAGUCAGAAUGGCAAUAGAGACAAAUCAAAAGAUCAAGAAAAGUUAAAAGAUGAAAAAGAGAAAAAAGAGAAAGAUGGGAAAUAUGAUUCUCGGGGCAACAAACCUGAUAAAGAGGCAAAAGAGAAGAAAAAUCUUGAAGAGCCUCCAAGGCACCCUGGAUUGCUUCUACAGACAAAAUGGAGCAAGGACUCUAAACUGCGUUCAUUGUCCCUUUCACUGGAUUCGCUCUUGGGUUACACUGACAAAGAUAUUGAGGAACCAACAUUCGAGCUUUCAUUAUUUGCUGAAACGCUAUAUGAAAUGCUUCAGUAUCAAAUGGGUUGUCGUCUUUUAACAUUUCUCCAGAAACUGCGUAUAAAAUUUGUGAUGAAAAGAAAUCAACGGAAAAGACAAUGGGAAGAAACCUCAGAGAAGGGCAGUGACAAAAGAUCAUCAACAAAGCGUCAAAAGAUUGCCGAGCCCUCCAUGGGAAUGAAAUCUACUGAAUCUGAAAUGCUGGAUGCAGCUCAUCCAAAUGAUGAAAAACCUGCAACCAAGGGCAAGAGUACAUCUGUUGAUGUGGUAAAAUUAGAAAAGCCAAAAGAGGAAGGGGUUGAAUCAGAAAGGCUGGAAGAUGAAGGGGUAGAAAUGGAAAAACUAGAUGAUGAAACCGAUUACGAUGAAGAUCCAGAGGAGGAUCCCGAGGAGGAGCCAAUGGAAGAUGAAGAAAUGCAGGAUGCAAACCCUCAAGAUGAGAAUAAUGAAGAGCUAAAUAUACAGAAUAAUGAAGGGGAGGCAAAGGCCAGUGGGGAUACUGAGCCUGAAAAAGUGGCAGGGAUGGGAAAGGAAGAAGCUGAGGAAUUUGGUAAGGAGAAAACUAACAAUAAAACUUCAGGAACAAAUGAAGGGACAAAUCUUGGAGAAGAGAGGAAAGAAGCUCCUGUCAUUAAUAAGGUGGCUGUUGACAAGGAGCUGCUGCAGGCUUUCAGGUUUUUUGACCGGAACCGAGUGGGCUACAUUAGGGUGGAAGAUAUGAGGUUGAUUGUUCACAACCUUGGGAACUUCCUGUCUCACAGGGAUGUAAAGGAACUUGUGCAAAGUGCACUCUUAGAGAGCAACACUGGAAGGGAUGAUCGCAUUCUUUACAAUAAGCUGGUGAGAAUGUCCAACAUUUGAGGGUGACUAGAAGAAUCUUUUAUAUCAAGAUUUAGAGAACUCAGACAUUUCCCCUUUAGGAUCAUGAAAGGACAUGAAUUUAUAUAUUUUGUACUUUUCAGCUAUGGUUUAACACAUAUUUUUGGUUUUUGCCAUUGAAUUAUAUCUUUAUUUCCUUCUCAGCAGAAUGUACUAGGUGGGCAAGUUUUUAAUAAGCAAAACUUUAUGGUCGUUUCUCCAGCA